CAGCCCUUUAAUAAUCACAAAGUCUCUCACCUUGUCAUCGCGUCUCUCACCAUGUCCUCCAGAUUAUUCCCCGAGCCCACCACUACCAGAGAUUACUGUCGUGACACAAUUGUGAUAUGGGAAUGGGAGGAUUACGCAACACCAGAAAAACUCAACCCUCGUUCGAUUAAGAAGAAAGUCAGAUCAGCUCUCAAGAAGGACGGUUAUAAAAUCGGGGACUUGUCCAUCUGGGUUUACGCUCCUGAGAAUACAUGGUUGAUUGAUGGGCAAUCGAAAGACAAAUUUUAUCACGCUGGACUUGUAGUCAGUCCCCUUAAAGGGGAUAAACGUACCAGACUUCACAGGCUUCUGGCGGAAGCUAUGGUCUCCUCAUUUAUCUGGACAGCUGAAGAUACUAAUGUUCUGAUACUCUCUGAAAACGUGGAGUACCUUAAACAAGACCCCAGAUUCUCCAGUUUUCAUGAAGAGUUAAUUAGCCAAGGUUUCCCUGUUGCCUUAGCACACCCAGAUGAUGUUCUCCUUAACCAGGAAGAUGAACCUGACUCUGAAUAUGAUGAAGAAGAAGAAACUGCCUCUGAUUGUGAAGAUGAGUGUGCAUGUCUCGAAGGGUGUCCUUGCUCCUCAACAACUGCCUGUAAAAGUCCACAAAGCAUAUAAAUAUUAUAGAUAGACAAAUAAUAAAAUCGUUUCAUCAACCCUCCUCAUCACAACAUUAAGCUUGAUAUAUAUAUAUAUCUAACUAUAUCUGCA